CGUGAGGAGAGCCGCGAACAUCUCUGGGCGCAGCUCGGUCGGCAGUUUCCACAGCCCUGGAGCCCAGCUGGUGCAGAAUCGCCUCUUGGAGCUCCUCUCCCACCGAUUUUCGUCCUCCUCUCUGGCCGGGCCGCCCCCCGCGCGGCCCCUGCGGCUCCUGGCACGGCCCCGCGCUCGGCUGCCGCCCUGGCGCGGGCCACUCUGCCGUCCCCGGACGGGCGCGGACCUGCUCGGCCCGGGCGCCGGCGGCUGGGGAGGGGGCGCUGGCCCCGGGGCCGCGCAUGCGCCGCCACCAAUUUGGGGCUGUCGGUGGAGGGCGAGUGCUGGCUCCGUGGGGAGGCGACGCCCUUCGGGGCCAACGGGCCGCGCGCCGAGGCGGCCGUAGGAACGACUCAUCCCUUUUCCAGCCGGGGGUCGGGGCUGGGGUCGGGGUCGGGGCUGGUGGGGGCCCCGCCCCCGUCUCCUGGCCUGCCCCCUUCAUGGGCCGCGAUGAUGGCGGCCCUGUAUCCGAGCACGGACCUUUCGGGCGCCUCCUCCUCCUCCCUGCCUUCCUCCCCAUCCUCCUCUUCGUCGCCGAACGAGGUGAUGGCGCUGAAGGAUGUGCGGGAGGUGAAGGAGGAGAACACCCUGAAUGAGAAGCUUUUCUUGCUGGCGUGCGACAAGGGUGACUAUUAUAUGGUUAAAAAGAUUUUGGAGGAAAACAGUUCAGGUGACUUGAACAUAAAUUGCGUAGAUGUGCUUGGGAGAAAUGCUGUUACCAUAACUAUUGAAAACGAAAACUUGGAUAUACUGCAGCUUCUUUUGGACUACGGUUGUCAGUCCGCAGAUGCACUUUUGGUGGCAAUCGACUCUGAAGUAGUGGGAGCUGUUGAUAUGCUACUUAAUCAUCGACCAAAACGAUCAUCAAGACCAACUAUAGUAAAACUAAUGGAGCGAAUUCAGAAUCCUGAGUAUUCAACAACUAUGGAUGUUGCACCUGUCAUUUUAGCUGCUCAUCGUAACAACUAUGAAAUUCUUACAAUGCUGUUAAAACAGGAUGUAUCUCUACCUAAGCCCCAUGCGGUUGGCUGUGAAUGUACAUUGUGUUCUGCAAAAAACAAAAAGGACAGCCUCCGACAUUCCAGGUUUCGUCUUGAUAUAUAUCGCUGCUUGGCCAGUCCAGCUUUAAUAAUGUUAACAGAGGAGGAUCCAAUUCUGCGAGCAUUUGAACUUAGUGCUGAUUUAAAAGAACUAAGCCUUGUGGAGGUGGAAUUCAGGAAUGAUUAUGAGGAACUAGCCCGGCAAUGUAAAAUGUUUGCUAAAGACUUACUUGCACAAGCCCGGAAUUCUCGCGAAUUAGAAGUUAUCCUAAACCAUACAUCUAGUGAUGAGCCUCUUGACAAACGGGGACUACUAGAAGAAAGAAUGAAUUUAAGUCGUCUAAAACUUGCUAUCAAAUAUAACCAAAAGGAGUUUGUCUCCCAGUCCAACUGUCAGCAGUUCCUGAACACUGUUUGGUUUGGACAGAUGUCAGGUUACCGACGUAAGCCUACCUGUAAGAAGAUAAUGACUGUUUUGACAGUUGGCAUGUUUUGGCCAGUUUUGUCACUUUGUUAUUUGAUAGCUCCCAAAUCUCAGUUUGGCAGAAUUAUUCACACACCUUUUAUGAAAUUUAUUAUUCAUGGAGCAUCAUAUUUUACAUUCCUACUAUUACUAAACCUAUACUCUCUUGUCUACAAUGAGGAUAAGAAAAACACAAUGGGGCCAGCCCUUGAAAGAAUAGACUAUCUUCUUAUACUGUGGAUUAUUGGGAUGAUUUGGUCAGACAUUAAAAGACUCUGGUAUGAAGGGUUGGAAGACUUUUUAGAAGAAUCACGUAAUCAACUCAGUUUUGUCAUGAAUUCACUUUAUUUGGCAACCUUUGCCCUCAAAGUGGUUGCUCACAACAAGUUUCAUGAUUUUGCUGAUCGAAAGGACUGGGAUGCAUUCCAUCCUACACUGGUGGCAGAAGGGCUUUUUGCGUUUGCCAAUGUUCUGAGUUAUCUUCGUCUCUUUUUUAUGUAUACAACAAGCUCUAUUUUGGGUCCAUUACAGAUUUCAAUGGGACAGAUGUUACAAGAUUUUGGAAAAUUUCUUGGAAUGUUUCUUCUUGUUUUGUUUUCUUUCACAAUUGGACUCACACAACUGUAUGAUAAAGACUAUACUCCAAAAGAACAGAAGGACUGUGUAGGCAUCUUCUGUGAACAGCAAAGCAAUGAUACCUUCCAUUCGUUCAUCGGCACUUGCUUUGCUUUGUUCUGGUAUAUUUUCUCCUUAGCACAUGUGGCAAUCUUUGUCACAAGAUUUAGCUAUGGAGAAGAAUUACAGUCCUUCGUCGGAGCUGUUAUUGUUGGGACAUACAAUGUUGUGGUUGUGAUUGUGCUUACCAAGCUGCUGGUGGCAAUGCUUCAUAAAAGUUUUCAGUUGAUAGCAAAUCAUGAAGACAAAGAAUGGAAGUUUGCUCGAGCAAAGUUGUGGCUUAGCUACUUUGAUGACAAAUGUACAUUACCCCCACCUUUCAACAUCAUUCCUUCACCAAAGACUAUCUGCUAUAUGAUUAGUAGCCUCAGUAAAUGGAUUUGCUCUCAUACAUCAAAAGGCAAGGUUAAACGGCAGAACAGCUUAAAGGAAUGGAGAAAUUUGAAGCAAAAGAGAGAUGAGAACUACCAAAAAGUGAUGUGCUGUUUAGUGCAUCGUUACUUGACUUCCAUGAGACAAAAGAUGCAAAGUACAGAUCAGGCAACUGUGGAAAAUCUAAAUGAACUGCGCCAAGAUCUGUCAAAAUUCCGAAAUGAAAUAAGGGAUUUACUUGGCUUUCGGACUUCUAAAUAUGCUAUGUUUUAUCCAAGAAAUUAGCCAUUUUCUAAAUCACGUAGAGAAUAAUUUUCAAUAA